GGCUGCGCGCACGGCGCGGUGACGUCACCGCCCUCCGCCGCUGUGUGACGUGGCCUUCGCCCGGCAGCGCAACCGAUAAUCAUGGAUCAGGUAAUGCAAUUCGUGGAACCCAGCCGUCAGUUUGUAAAAGACUCCAUACGACUUGUUAAAAGAUGCACCAAGCCUGACAGGAAAGAGUUCCAGAAGAUUGCCAUGGCAACAGCAAUAGGCUUUGCGAUAAUGGGAUUUAUUGGUUUCUUUGUCAAAUUGAUCCAUAUCCCAAUCAACAAUAUCAUUGUAGGCGGCUGAAUAUUCAUCAUGAAAAACAAGAUGUUGCAAAAAACAACUGUUGCUGCAAAGAUUUCACAGCUUUAACUUGUUUGCUAUUAAACAAGCUCAGUUUGGGUUUUCAAACAUUCUUGUCAUCUUAUUCCUCUUUUAAAGUGUAUGCGAUCAUACCUGUCUACAUGACAGUCUUUUUUUUUAGUAGUAGUAGAGUGUUUUAUUUGUUUUGUUUGUUUUGUUACUUCUUUCAACCAUAAUAGAGUCAUUCAGGUAGGAAGGAACAUUGGGAGGUCUCUAGUCCCAGCUCUUGCUCAAAGCUGGGUCAGUGUUGCAUUCUGAUGAGGUUGCUUAAGGCUCUGUCCAGUCGGGUAUUGAAAACCUCCAAGGGUGACAACUGUACAGCCUCUCUUCAGAAGCUAUUCCAAUGCUUAAUUUACUGCUUAGUAAACAGCAUUGUUCCAGCAAAAGUAGACAGCAAGAAAACAGCAUUACUGUAUCCUCUCAAGUGGUGAUUUAAAAGUCUAUCAACUGGAAUUCUUGUCACUAAUUUCUGGAAUCACCGUCAUUACCCCUAAUUCCUUUCUGCAUUUGGAAGUUCUGUUAGGUUCUAUUAUGUACUUGACUGGAAAAAACCCUCCAUCAAAUAAAGAACUUGCAUUGUCA